CCGUGUAUACAGAUCAUACACAGAGCAAGAAAGAGUUCACACACUACUAUCACAAAUCAUGCUCUCUCAUCCAUUAUCGCCUACAAAAAUUCGAUAGCGACGUAGUGCGAUGUCCUCCAAUUCAAACUAUAUAUCGCUUUCAAAAUUGAUCCUGUACCGCAACCUAGUUUGCCAAAGACUUCUUCCCCGGACUGUCUAUGCGUCAAAUCCUCCGAUCUAUCACAGCCCCCACUGUGAGCGCCACAGGAUUUUGGACAUCGGACGACUUCCCUAGUAUCCAGAACGAAAGCCAUCCAUGCUUAUUCUCCAAAUCGAAAAGAUUGACAGGCAUCAUACGAUGAACAAUGAUCUAAACAUGAUUCAGCUGUGUCCAUGCGUCGUUGAAAUGCAUCGUAGACCAGAGCAUAAAUAUGUCCUCACUAUGUAGCUUCAGAAGCAUUUAUAAAUCCAAACGCAUUCGUUUCGUCUUUCUUCCCCUUCUUCUCACGGAAAAAGAAAGAUUGGACUUGUGUAGUAUACAAACUAGUUCAACUUCGAUUCAACUUCCCAAACAACAGCAAAGAUGAAGUCACCACCAACAAAACACUUGCUCUCUUCCCUCCUACUCCUCACAUCGCCGCCUUACCUCGCCCUCGCCCAACCAACCGUCCAGCCGGCCACUACACCUCCAUUCUGCACAACCACAACACCAGCCGACCAAUGCGCCCAAUCCGCGCUAUCCUUCGCCUUCACCUACGGCCUUCCACUGCUCUCUUUCGGCGCCAUCGUCAAACCACCUUCUCCAUCCAUGCCUCCCCCACCGCUCAACACACUCAUACAUCAGCGCUCGUUGCGGUCAGCUAGUGACCGAGAAGUUGUGAGGCCGAAUGCGGAUACGCUUUAUUCGAAUGUGUUUUUUGACCUUGGGGGGAUUGAGGGGAUCGAGGUUGAUGUUCCUGAAGUUGGUGGCGGGGAGGAUGGAGGUAGGUAUGUUGGAGUUGGGGUGUAUGAUUUUUACGGCAACAACAUCGCAAACAUCGGCACCGCGAGCACUCUCAAGCACGGCAAAUUCCUAUUCCGCUAUACCAAAACCCACUCCUCUUCAUCAUCAUCGCCGCCGCCCUCAGGCGAGGCCGUCUCAGAGAAGGGAGACUACGCGGGAGUCAUAACGCUUCCAACACCCUACGGUCAAACCCUGAUAAGGAUCUCCACAUCCAACACAACCCAAGAUUUGGAUACCGUCCACGCGCUACAAGAUCGUUUCGUAGUGCGCGAGAUUCCUCUCUGUGAUACUACGACGGAUUACGGUAGUGCUAUCGUCACAGCGAAUUCUACAGAGAACGGGGGUGGGGAUGCCAUACCACCGCUGGACCUCACGGUAUUUCAGAACCCUUAUUACCUUCCUACCGGUAACACGACAAUCCCUGAGGCCGUGCUCCGCCUGACCGCGAAAUUCGCGGCGUACAACGAACCUUUGGUCCCCGAGGAUCGAAAAUGGGUCCCACACGCGCUUGAGCUUGCAGGUUGUAAGUUCGAGACUGGGACGUGGACGCUCCCACAGGGUACGAAUCUCACUGGAGCGGUUGCCGCAGCGAACGCAUCUGUAGCAGCAUUGCUGCAAGAACCUGGGAGUAUUGAAGAACUGGGGAAUGGAUGGACAGUGUUUAGGCAAGGUUUGGUGGGAACUUAUGGGGGAGAAUAUGUGGGGAGGUAUAUUGGAACGGGGUGGGGAUAUUUGAGUUUGACGGGGGAUCAAGCGCUUUAUCCGUCUUAUGGUUCUUCUUCUGCUCUGGCGCCAGGGAGUAGUGGGGAUGAUGAAAAAGGAGAAGAAGAGGAGGAAGGCAAAUCCAUCAUCCUGCAUUUCUCGCGCCGUCCUCCCGUGAAAGCAGGAGCUGGGUUUUGGAGCGUGACCAUGUACGGCGCGGAUUUGUUCUUCGUGGACAAUGAGAUGGGGAGGUAUGCGGUCGGUGAUCGGUCGGAGUUGAGGUUUGCGGAUGGGACGUUGGUUUAUCCGCCUGCUUUUGGUGACAAUGGUACUGCUACCGGCGGAGGAGCUGGGGAAGUAGUGGGAGAGGAUGGACCGUUUGAUGUGCUGAUCCAGAGCAAAGACGUUGUGCCGCCGACGAACUGGACGAGCAAUUGGCUGCCUGGGCCAAGUUCGGGGGAGGGAAUGGACUGGAACUUACGGUGGUAUGCUCCCGAGGAUGAACUGUUUCCCGGCGGUGGGUAUGAGUACCCGAGUAUUGAGGUGGUGGAUGUUAUUCGGGAAUGA